AUGACUUCUGUGGUUUUGGUCACCGGAGCUAGCGGCCUGCUUGGUCGCUCCGUAUUCAAUACCUUCCAACGUUCCGGAGUUCUGGUGGUUGGACAGGGAUUAUCACGAGCUACCCCGCCAACUAUUCUCAAGGCCGACCUUGAGAAGCCCGAAGAGAUUAAAUAUAUCCUUGAUGAGGUCAAGCCCCAGAUUGUCAUCCAUUGUGCCGCAAACAAGUCCCCAGAUCUGUGUGACAAGGAGCCCGAGAGGGCACGGAAGCUUAAUGUUGACGCUACACGCGCUCUAGCAGAGCAAUGCUCGACCCGUGGAGCUUUCCUUAUCUACAUCUCAACCGACUACGUUUUCCCCGGAACGGAGGGCCAGGCCCCCUACGAAACGGACGCAGAGACUAAGCCACCGAACCUGUACGGUCAAUUGAAACGGGAUGGAGAGUUGGCAGUUUUGGAGGCCACCAAGGACACUGGUCUAGGCGUGGUUCUUCGUGUCCCGGUGCUCUACGGAACCGCCAAGGACACCUCCGAGAGCGCGAUCAACACCCUGGUAGAAUCAGUCAUGAAAGCACAGGAUGCUGAUGCUGGUGUUAAGAUGGACGAUUGGGCUCAGCGGUACCCCACCAACACCGAGGAUGUUGCCCGUAUCUGUCGGGACAUCGUCAUCAAGUACAUCAAGGAGAAGCACCGGAUGAAGGAGCUGCCACAUAUCCUACAAUUCAGCUCUGAGGAGCGUAUGACCAAGUACGAAAUUUGUGAGAAGCUUGCUGGAGUUCUUGGUUUCCCGCUUCCUGGUAUGAUUCGCAACAAGCAGGGUAAUGACCCCAAUGCUGCGGUUCAGCGGCCAUAUGACACACAUUUGUCUAACAAGGCACUUGUGGAUUUGGGAAUUGACGUGCGAACUGUCGAUUUUGUGACUUGGUGGCGACGCGAACUUGGGGCGUAUCGGAAGUAA